AUGGCCGACGCCAGCACUCCAGUUCCCUACACUGCAGAUCCCCUAUGGUUGUUCAUCAAGGACUUUGGGCUGUUUGCCCGUAACCUGUUCCCCUGGCCUGGUCUAUUCGGCCUCGUCAUCCCUCCUUGGACUUCCAAUACCGGGCAAUUGGAUGAGCUCUACCCGACCCUUCAGAAUGCGUGGGCCGUCUUCCAACACUUGGUUUUGAUAGUGGCACAGUCCAUCUUUUUGCUCUCUCUUUUGCCUCUGGCCGUUGUCCUUCCGGCUCCGAUUUUUUAUUUUUCCUACAUUGCCGCAUUCAUCUUUGGAACCCGGCUGGUGACCGUCCUCCUGAACGGAUGGAGGCGCAGAUUGUACAAGUCGCAUGAGAAGUACACCAUCGGGCGGAAUGUGGACCCGCGGGAGAGAUGGGUAUAUAUCAAUGGUGUCGCGACAGGAAAACAUUGGCUACAGGCCAACCUCGACCGACUAGCCCUGACGUUCCGUCGACCGAUUUAUGGCAUUCACAAUCGCACAAGCGGAAUCAUUUUUGAUGUCAUUGAGUGCAUCAUCCAACGUGACUUUGCAUAUGCCACUCUCGACAUACGAAUUGCAUACGCCGAACUGAUGGACAUGCUGACCGACGAGGACAUUUCCAAGGUAGUGCUGAUCGUGCACAGUCAAGGAGGCAUCGAAGGCAGUCUGGUUCUGGACUGGCUGUAUGCAACACUCGCCGCAGCCCAGUUAGCUAAACUGGAGAUAUAUACAUUUGGGAACGCGGCCAAUCAUUGGAAUGCUCCAGCAUCCACGCUGUCACAUCAUGGACAUGUGACUGAGGGCGGAAGUUCGGCGGGUGGGAAGCAGCCACUCCUAACGACCUCCAUCACUCAGUCUAGGCCUUGGGAGAGGGAGUCAGAGACAAGAACCGUCAAGCACAUAGAGCACUAUGCCAACACAUUGGACUAUGUUGCUCGCGGAGGUAUUCUCCACUUCCGACCAGAUCCUCCUCCACCGGGUACUGCUGGGUCUGGUCAGACAACAGCAGCAUUGCCUAGUCAGGAGGCCCUAGACUCGAAUCGAUUUGUUGGGCGGCUGUUCAAACGGACAGGACCGGGACAUCUACUGAAUCAACAUUAUUUGGACCCCAUGUUCCAGCUCGAUUCGUCGGAUGCUGUACGAGGACGAGUACUGGAUGGCAAUGAAUACAUGGACCAGCGAGUGGAUCAGGCUACUUUUGACCGCUGGGAUACGGUGCAAGCUCUAGAAGGGACCGAGCCACAGAGUCAGGGGGUCCUGAUCAAAGACCUGAGCAGACUAUGGAGAUACAGGAACGGUGCAGAUGCCGAUAUCGAUGCCGAUGUGAAUGAUGGAUGA